GUCCAAGUUGCGCCGAAAUGAAUGCAUCAUCGUGCGCAUCAUGCGUGAUUGCAUCAUCUUGACCAGCACCCCUGAGUCCCACUCACUGGGCCAAAUCACUAUGGCUGAGCCAGACUGGCUCUCCACCAUGGGACAAAAUAAUUCCAAUCAUAUUUAG